AUGAUAUCCACUAUUCCUCCUCCCCGUCCCGUCUCGGUCAAUUCGCUGGCAAGAGCGUCGGUCUCCAGCAUCGCAUACUCCAAAUCCUCCAACCGAUGCACCAGCGCCGAAUACCAGGCUCACGAUGACCCCUCUCCGCCCCUUCCUCCGCCUUCCGCCCCUGGUCAGCUGGCCUGCCAGUCGCCCGUCGAUACCGACAUGGACGAGGCCCUCGUCAAUUUCGACGCCCUCGAGACCGCCUCCGUUCAGCCAGAACUGCAGUUUGAGAACCUGCCCACAGAGAUCCACGAGGCCAUUCUCGAUUAUUUAUUUGGCGAGCGGACGUCCGCUCUGACCACCGCUGGGCCCGGCAAGCCGUCUGCGCGGAGUUGGAAUAAAUCCCUGCGUCACCCGCGCCGUAAGGCGCUAUCAAAUCUAUCGCUGAUCUCGCCGAUAUGGAGGUCAUUGGUGCAGGAGCGAAUCUACAGACACAUCAAAAUCAAGGGUACUACAGAGGAGCUGGCCGGCUGUGCUCAUUGGUUUUCCUUGCACCCUCAUCUCGCGCCGUACGUCCGUCAGAUCGAGAUGUGGAUCCCGGUCUGGGGAAAGCGGGCGACCAAAAACGUCCUGCAGCAGAUUCCUUCGCGUCGUUACCACGGAUGGGAGGGCACCGUCGAAUGGGCCGACGUGGCCGGCACCCGGACAGACGACUCCGAUCCUCCUAAUCGCGGCGGCGACUAUAAAUAUCACUACGCCAGUCACAACGCGACGCUGGCCGAGAUCUUCAGCCAUGUCAAGAGCUGCUUCCCCGAGGCCCGCAUUCUGACGCUGGAAGGAGGUCACUGCAAGAGACCCCCCAUGAUCCACCACUUCCGCGACGACCCCGCCGGCGUGUCGGGCCAGGCCCUCCCCUGUCUGCCGGACAUCCAGGCGUUCGUCAUGCGCGGCGCCUGGAACAUCAUGCGCAGCCCGCAGCAUUGGCAGACGCUGUCGAACGCCCUGCCGGGCCUGCGGGAGUGGCAUUGCGCCUACGCCAAGCCCAAGGUCGAGGGAUACGACACCAUCGCGUCCAUUCUGCGCCGGCUGCCCUCGUCGCUGGUGCACGUCAACAUCAGUCUCGAGGGGUUUUACAACAAGGACAAUUCGCAAUCCAGCUGGCUUGGCGAGGGGAUCAACGUGCAGCAUCUGUGUCGGCUGCUGGGCGACGUGGCGCCGCGGCUGGAGUCGCUGGCCUUUACGGGGAAUAUCUGCGCCUCGAUGUUCCAGUCCACGCGGGCGAUGUCCCAGCAGACGCUCUUUUCGUCCAAGUCGAAACUGAAAUCCCUCGACCUGGUGGUCAAAACCUGCUGUCGCGAGAAACGGACGGGCUCGCCCAGCAGUCUUCCCUUCUUCGACGACUUCUCCGGCAUCACCAACCUCAACUUCAUCCGCUCGUUCGAGAACCUGGUCGUCGGCGCCGUCCACAGCCUCCGUCUGCACCAGGACCUCGACUACAUGCGCAUCCGCUUCAUCGACCUCGACUCGGCCUGCCCGCCGCUGAACCCGUACUUCCAGCUGGUCGGCAACGAAUGCUGCGGUCUCUGGAGCGAGAGCAUCCUCGAGACGCUGCACGAGUCGCGUCCGCAGGCGCAAUUCGUCGAACUGUCCGACGGGAUCUAUCCGCAGUAUGGACCCAACCACCAGAUCGUAGGCGCCGUGUAUCCGCGCACCCGGCCACUCAGUAUUCACGCGUCGACGUAUAAGAUCAUUGCCGACGUAUCCAAACCUUGA